AUGUCAAAAUUAAUCACCGUCUUCGGAGCUACGGGGAAUCAAGGUGGCUCUGUGAUCCGUACCAUCAUCGGCGACCCGCAGCUAUCUAAAGAGUUUCGGGUUAGAGCUGUGACACGCGAUCUGAGCAAGCCAAAGGCCCAAGCCCUGGCAGAUCAAGGAAUUGAGCUGUUCCAAGGAGAUAUGUCGUCGCAUGAAGAUGUCGCGAAGGCGGUUGAAGGAGCUCAUACCGUGUAUCUAGUGACAAACUUCUGGGAGACAAUGUCUGCGAAGCCAGAAAUCCUGCAAGGAAAAAUUGUCACAGAUGCCUGUAAAGAGGCCGAUGUGAAGCAUCUGAUAUUCUCGUCCUUGAUCAAUGCGUCCAAGGCAUCUGAGGGGCGGCUGGCCAAUAUCACUCAUUUUGAUGGAAAAGCCGAGGUGGAGGAGUACAUUCGUGAAAGUGGUGUGCCUGCUAGCUUUGUCAUGCUCGGGAUAUUCAUGAGUGAAUUAUUCUCGAUGAUUCGGAAGCAAGAGGAUGGCUCGUUUAUCUUGCCCAUACCGGUUUCUCCUGAGGUUGUUGCCCCAUUCGUUGAUCCCAGCACUGAUACAGGAAACUUUGUUCGAGUUGCGCUUCAGCAACCUCCUACGGACAAGGCGAAUGUGAUUUAUGCUUCUAGUGACUACUAUAGCUUCGAGCAAAUUGCGGCUGACUUUGAGUGUGUGACUGGUAUACCACUCAAGGUGUUCAGUCUUCCUGGGGACAUGUUCAAAGCUGCGCUCGCCGCGUCCCUGCCACCGGAUAUGGUUGACGAGAUAUAUGAGAAUCUUGUCUUGCUUGAGGGCCCUGGUUAUUAUGCCGGGGCUGAUUUGACUGGAAGUCUGCAGUUGUUGUCCGAGAAGCCAGUGACUAUGAGAGAGUUUUUUGAGAAGAAUCGGGAGCACUGGGUUUGA